CAAACGUCACCAGAAGUAACACCCGUUCGUUCCAUCCCAUCCCACCAUCGCAAACCGCAUCCAUCUCGGGGUGCUCUCUUUCGUCGUGUACCCACGGCCGCGAGCGGCGAGGGGAAGCAGCGAUGUCGGCGGCGACGGCAACCAUAUCUCCCGCCGCCUUCUUGUCCCGUUCCUCGUCCCUCCUCGCAUCCACCGCCGCCGUCCGCCUCCGCUCAUCCCGGCGCUGCUUUCGUGUGCUCCCCGUCCGCGCCUCGUCCCCCUCGGAGCCCCCUUUUGAGGUCUGCGUCAAGGCGUCCAUCACCGUCCCCAACCGACUUGGCGAUUGUCCUUUCUCGCAAAGGGUUCUCUUGACCCUCGAGGAGAAGCGUUUAUCGUAUGACAUGAAAUUGGUCGAUCUGGGAAACAAGCCAGAAUGGUUUCUGCAAAUAAACCCUGAAGGAAAUGUUCCUGUCAUUAAGCUUGAUGAGAAGUGGAUUGCUGAUUCAGACAUUAUUACAAAAUCAUUGGAAGAAAAAUACCCUGUUCCAUCUUUAGAGACGCCUCCAGAGAAGGCUUCAGCUGGUUCAAAAAUCUUCUCAACUUUUAUUGGUUUCUUAAAAAGCAAAGAUCCUAAUGAUGGCACAGAACAAGCCUUGCUUGAUGAGCUGACUUCGUUUAAUGAAUACUUAAAGGACAAUGGGCCUUUUGUGAAUGGUGACAGUAUAUCUGCUGCUGAUUUAUCCCUUGGGCCUAAGCUUUAUCAUAUGGAGAUUGCCCUAGGUCACUAUAAGAACUGGUCAGUUCCAGAAUCACUUGCAUAUGUGAAGAACUACAUGAAGUCGAUUUUCUCCAUGGAUUCAUUCGUCAAGACUCGGGCACUCCCAGAGGAUGUCAUUGCUGGAUGGCGUCCAAAAGUCAUCGGUUAAACCAUUUAACAACCCUCAUAUAUUUCUGCUUGCUUUUAGCAUGGCACCACAUGAAAUGCUAGUCAAAUUUUGGCUUCAGUUUUUAACAUGAUUACUAUAAUCAGUCUGUUGCUAAUUCGUAGAAAGGCUUAUGUAUCUUCAGAUUUACCAAGCUUUGGGUUUCUUUUAUAUUUAUAAGUGAGGUAAAAGCCUAUAUCUGGUUUCAUAGGCUAAUCUGUAAGAGGUCCAGUAGGAAAAGGGUGAUCACAUGCUCCACUUGAGAAAUCCUUAUUGAAGUUCCAAUUUACAUAUGAAUACGUUUAUCAA